GGCCCGUUGAGAUCAAUGGGGCCCCGACGCAGAACUUCACGCAAUCGUGCGGCCCCUGCUGCGCAUAAGUGUCGCUUAAUUAUUUUUGUCUUGUCGUCUUUCAGGACCGUACGAGGCACAGAAGAAGCGAGAGAGAGAGAGGAGAUAUUUCUUCUCUACCCAGCUUUGUACUCCUCAAGCGAACGAAAGAGGAAGAGGAGCAGCUAUUCCGAUCGCACCAACCGUUCAGAUCAGACCGUACGAGGCACAGGACAAGAGAGAGAGCAGACUCAUUCUUUCUCUACCAAGCUGUCUACUCCAAUCGCUCAAGCGAACGAAAGAGGAAGAGGAGCAGCGAUUCCGAUCGCACCAACCAUGGACCAGAUCUUCCACGUCUAUUGCAUCGGGACGUUGGACACCAAACUCGAUGAGCUGUGCUUUCUCGCAGAUAAACUUCGAUGCUAUCUCGAUGCAUUCUCCAACAAUUCCACUUCGGUCAGGGUACAGGUUAAUAUUGUUGAUGUUUCAACUAGCAAUAAGAAAAUCGAACAUCUGGAAGGAUUUUCUUUGGUCUCUAGAGAGGCUAUCCUUUCAAGUUAUUCAGCUGUGGCAAAGCAACUACCAGAUGACAGGGGUAAAGCAAUUGCUGUUAUGGCCAGGGCUUUAGAAUGUUUUCUUAGAAAAGCUUAUGAGGACGGCAACCUUGGUGGAGCUGUAGGCAUUGGUGGCAGUGGAGGAACUUCAUUGAUUGCUCCUGCAUUAAGAUCUCUCCCUUUAGGGGUGCCAAAGAUGAUAGUAUCAACUGUUGCUAGUGGUCAAACAGAAUCCUAUAUUGGAACAUCCAAUUUGAUAUUAUUUCCAUCAGUUGUUGACAUAUGUGGUAUCAACAAUAUUAGCAGGCUUGUUUUGUCUAAUGCUGGGGCAGCUGCUGCUGGGAUGAUUUUUGCAAAUUUGUCUACAUCUGACAAUUCUACUGACAUGACUAAGAGAACAACUGUUGGCAUCACUAUGUUUGGAGUUACUACACCAUGUGUAAAUUUUGUGAAAGAAAGAUUGGCAAAAGAAGGAUUUGAGACGCUUGUAUUUCAUGCAACUGGGGUUGGUGGUAGGGCUAUGGAGGAUCUUGUUAGAGAGGGACUUAUACAGGGAGUCUUGGAUAUUACAACAACUGAAGUUGCUGACUAUAUAGUUGGAGGAGUCCUGGCCUGUGACAGUAAGAGAUUUGAUGUCAUUUUGGAAAAAAAUGUUCCUUUGGUUCUCAGCGUAGGUGCCCUGGAUAUGGUUAACUUUGGAGCUAAACAUACAAUACCUUCUGUAUUUCAGCUGAGAAAUAUUCAUAUUCACAAUGAAGAGGUUUCAGUUAUGCGAACAACUGUGGAGGAGAACAGGAAAUUCGCUAGGUUCAUAGCUGAUAAAAUCAACAAGUUAUCAUCACGAGUAUGCAUAUGCUUACCACAAAAAGGUGUGUCUGCUCUAGAUGCAAUUGGGAAGCCAUUUUAUGAUCCUGAUGCCACAACUGCUCUGAUAAAUGAAUUAGAGGAACUUGUUGAGAAAAAUGAAGAACGACAGGUGAAGGUGUAUCCAUACCAUAUUAAUGAUUCUGAAUUUGCAGAUGCAUUGGUUGACUCUUUUUUGGAGAUUUUCCCUAGAAGUAGAACACCACGACAAAGUGCAAAGAAACUAGAUAGCCAUAGUUUGAAAAUGGACACCAUGAACUUAAUGAAUUAUACAGGUGCACAAACCAUUUGGCGAGCUCCAAUGGAGUUCCCUGAUGCAAAACCAGGUUCUGUACUUUUUUCUGUUCUCAACUCCCAUAUGCACCAUGUGUAAAAAACAUAUAUUUAA